AAGGGGAACAGCAUUCCUCUGGUGAGAGGGUAAUAUUUUUGUUACCAUCAGCAAGUGCUUCCCAAGCGGCAUCAGGCUGUUCUGCCACCGCUUUGCGCUGUUUUAAUCUCUUGGGCCAGGUCUCCUUGAAGUGUUCCAGUCAUGGCUUCCAAAGUCAUACCUUGGUAUAAGAGGAAGCAUGUGAGCCAAGUCAAAACUGACUAUGCCUAUCAUCACACUAAGCAUGUUGUCAAGCAGCAGACAGAAAGGAAAUCAAGCUCUAAGUCGGUGAGCAAGGUGCAGGCCCAGGCCACAGAGGCUAUGGCAGAACCAGCAUAUACCAUCCCGGCCUUCCGGCAGAGGGAAACUGAAGACACUGAGGAGUAUCAGAGAGUGACCACACAUGUUGGGAAAGGACUGGCUGUUAUUCAGCAGGAGCUCCACAGGAUAAGGAUGGCCACCAAGGCCCAAGUGGACAGUCUAACUAUCCAGAAGGAGGUGAAGGACAUGAUGAAGAAGAAGGUGGAAUCGGAGGAAAUUCCCAAGAUGCCGGACUUCCUGGUGGCCCUGCGGCCCCACACUGUGUGGGAAAAGACCCCCGUCAAGCUUUUUUGCACUGUGGAGGGAAACCCUCGGCCCAUUGUGAAAUGGUAUAAAGGAGAAGCACCGAUCGACCCUCUGAGUGCUCCAGGAAAAUACAAGAUAGAGAGCAAGUAUGGAGUCCACAGUUUGAUCAUUAGCAGGUGUGUUGUGAGCGACACAGCUGAGUACAGUGCAGUGGCCACCAACCAGCAUGGCACCGCUACCAGCAAGGCUACAGUUACCGUGAAAAGACCAGGAGGAGCUGCAGAGUCCUGUCAGCUUGGUUUAGUUCCCCAUCUGACUGAGAUCCAUCCCAGUAAGCUGGAGGUCGCCCUGCUCGACAGGUUCCCGGUUAGUUUUGGUGUGGAAGGCAGUUCCAUCAAACUGAAGUGUACUAUGGUGGUAGUCCCCGACCUCCCCAAUGUACCACCCCUCGCCCAGUGGUACAGAGAUGAUAAACUGCUGAAAGCGAGCACGCUGGCAGAGAUGUCAGUGGGUGGAGGUGCAGCCAGUCUGACUCUGCCUCACCUGGCCAAGGAUGACGAGGGUCUCUACACUCUCCGCAUCUUCACAAAGGAUGGCACCACCGAGCACAGCGCCUACCUGUUUGUCUUAGAUGCUGUCCCUUCUGCAGCCGGAGCCCCCGGUGCACCAAUGAGCGUAAAGGUGUAUGACGUUAACUCGGAUUAUGUGCUGGUUGCCUGGAAACCUCCCAACACCGUUAAUGAGGCUCCAAUCACUGGAUACUUUGUGGAUCGGCGUGAGGUUGGAACUGAUAACUGGGUCCAGUGCAAUGAUGCUCCAGUAAAGGUCUGUAAAUAUCCGGUUCAUGGCCUCCGUGUGGGACAUUCCUACCACUUCCGAGUCAGAGCCGUGAACAACGCUGGCAUCAGCAGGCCGUCACGCAAGUCGGACAAGGUGAUGGCCAUUGAUGCUGCUGAGAGCGAGAGACUGCAAGUGAUUAAAAUUGAAGGGAAAUAUGAUAUAGUGAUCAAGAAUGAUGAACUGGAAGGCUACGUAACUAUCCCUGGUGAGCCCACCGACGUGCAUGCAUCAGAGAUUUUCAAAUCAUAUGUGGUGCUGAGCUGGAUGCCUCCUAGCCCUCGCGGACGAGCUCCGCUGUGGUACGUCAUCGAAAAGUGCUUAGCAGGCACUGGAGCAUGGCAGCGUAUCAACACUGCAGUAAAACUCAACUCCCCGCGUUACCCAGUUUUUGAUUUGCAAGAUGGACAAAAGUACCAGUUCCGAGUGUAUUCAGUCAACCUGUACGGCUCCAGCGAGGCGUCGGCGCCCUCUGAGCCCAUCCAGAAGGUUGAUGGAGAUGGCGUCCCCUCUGCUCCCGGUCAGGUUGUCGCUACCAGGAACACCAAGUCCUCGGUGUUCGUACAGUGGGAACCUCCCAAACAUCUGAAACAUCUGGUGGGAUAUUACAUUGAUGGCCGCGUGGCUGGAUCCAAGGAGUGGUUCCCUUGUAACCACAAACCCUUCAAACAUAACAGGUUUGUGGUCCACGGUCUGAUCCCGGGGGAGACCUACACCUUCCGAGUCCAAGCCGUCAACAUCUUCGGCCUCAGUGAGGAGUCUCAGGAGUCUUCUCCCAUCGCUGUGGAGCCUGCCCUCGCCACUCCCAGCGCUCCGUAUGGCAUCACCAUGCUGAGCUGCGACGGCUCCUCCAUGGCUCUAGCCUGGAAAAGCCCCAAACACUGCGGCGGCUCCAAGGUCAACGCCUACUACAUUGACAAGCGUGAUGCUGACACUUUGGUGUGGAAGGAGGUCAACCUGUCUGCCGUCACAGAGAGAAUCUGCACUGUGGACAACCUGACAGAGGGAACAUUUUACGAGUUCAAAGUCCAGGCUGGGAACCUGGCUGGUGUUGGUUUGGCAUCAGCUCCCAGUGCCCCCAUGAAAUGUGAAGCUUGGACCAUGGAGGAGCCAGGCCCUGCCUAUGAUCUGAGCUUCAGUGAGGUCAGGGGUCACUCUCUGGUCAUCCUGUGGAAGGCUCCAGUUUAUAUUGGGGCAAGUGCUGUCACCGGAUACUUUGUGGACAUGGCCAAGAAGGGCUCCUCUGAGUUUGUCACUCUGAACGAGGAAGCUGUGAACCAUCGUUACCUGCAGGUGACUGGACUGGUGGAAGGAGAAAGCUAUGUGUUUAAAGUUCGAGCUAUCAAUGCAAAUGGAGUUGGAAAGGCUUCCCAGCUGUCUGAGCCAGUCUGUGCCAAGGCGCUUCCAGGCACUAAGGAGAUCGUGGCGGGUGUGGAUGAGGAGACUGGAGACGUCUUCCUGUCAUUUGAAGCCUGUGAGAUCUCUGAGACAUCAAAGUUCCUCUGGUCGAAGAACUACAAAGCCAUCGGUGACUGUCCCAGGGUUUCCAUGACAAAAAAAGGCAGAACCUCCAGACUGACCUUUAACAACCCCGAUAAGGAUGAUCUGGGCAGAUACUCGGUGGUCGUCACAGACACAGAUGGAGUCUCAGCCAGCCACAGUCUGACUGAGGAUGCUUUGAACACCAUGCUGGAGCUCAGCUAUGCCAUCAGACAUCCAAUUGUUCCUCUGAAACACGGCCUGAACUAUGAGAUCCUGGAGAAAGGUCAUGUGCGUUUCUGGCUGCAGGCUGUCAAACUGUCUCCAUCCGUGUCCUACAGGUUCAUUGUUAACGACAAAGAGGUCACCAGUGGGGAGGGUCAGAAGAUCAGCCAUGAUGUGGCUACAGGAGUUAUCCAGAUGACCGUUGAUCUUUUUACCAGAGCCAACGAGGGAACAUACACCGUCCAGAUCCACGACGGCAAGGCCAAAAACCAGAGCUCCCUGGUCCUGGUGGGAGAUGUGUUCAGAGCUGCUCUGAAGGAGGCAGAGUUCCAGAGGAAGGAGCACAUCAGGAAGCAGGGUCCACAUUUCUCCGAGUAUCUCUACUUCACCGUCACAGAGGAUUGCACUGUUAUGCUUGCAUGCAAGGUGGCCAACGUGAAGAAGGAGACCGCUUUCCACUGGUACAAAGAGGAUGAUGAGGUUGUUCCAGAAACUCCCCCCAACGUCAUGUCUGGAGCCUGUGCUCUUCCUCUGCCUAUGUUCUCCAGAAAAGAUCAGGGCGUGUUUAAGGCCGUGCUGAGUGACGACAGAGGGAAGGACACGUCUGUGUUCGACAUUUCAGGCCAGGUGUUUGAUGACAUCAUCAACGCCAUCGCCCACAUUGCUGGUGCGUCUGCCUCUGACCUGGUGAUGCAGUGUACUCCAGAGGGCAUCCGGCUGCAGUGCUACAUGAACUACUACACCGAGGAGAUGAAGACCGUCUGGAAGCACAAAGAGAGUAAGAUCGCCUCCUCUGAGAAGAUGAGGAUCGGCGGCACAGCGGAGAUGGCCUGGAUGCAGAUCUGUGACCCGUCCGAUAAAGAGAAAGGUCACUACGCCAUCGAGAUCUCAGACGGUGUUACCACCCACACCCGGACGUUCGACCUCUCAGGACAAGCCUACACUGAUGCCUAUGAGGAGUACCUCAGACUGAAAGCUGCAGCGUUUGCUGAGAAGAACCGUGGCAGAGUGGUGGGUGGCCUACCUGAUGUGGUCACCAUUAUGGAACAGAAGUCUCUGAGCCUGACCUGCACCGUGUGGGGCGAGCCCACCCCUGAGGUCACCUGGUUUAAGAACGAGCAGGAAGUCUCCUCCACCGAGCACACCAAAGUCACGUUUGACGGCGGCAAGUUCGCCAGCCUCGUCAUCAACAAGGUCACCCCCGAAGACUCCGGAAAGUACAGCAUCAACGUUCGGAACAAGUAUGGUGGCGAGUUCGUGGAGAUCACUGUCAGCGUCUACCGACACGGAGAACCGAUCCCAGAGCCCAAGCUGGGACAGCCCAGAAUGGCCACGCCUGCAGCCGCGCCCAAGUCCCCAGCUCCACCCGCCAAAACCCCGACCCCCACCCCGUCCAAAGCCCCGACCCCAGCGCAGUCCAUGAAGAGCCCGACCCCCGCCUCCACCCCUGGUUCUACCCCAGUCCCCAAGUCUCCAACCCCAACUCCCAAGUCUCCAACCCCCACCCCCAAGUCUCCAACUCCACCUCGCAGCGUGAAGUCUCCAACCCCACCCAGAUUUAUGAAGUCUCCAACCCCACCCAGAAAGUAGGACAUGGAGGUGUCUGAGGGCGAGACGGUUCCCAGUCUGUAAACUGCUUCCACACCUCGUUCAACAUGUCGCCGUUUCCCUUCAUCACCAGUGGAGGCUGGAAAAAACCAGUAAGAAACCAGAGAAGCCGUCGUAGAUUAAAGUUCACGGCUUUAAAAGCUGAACCUUCCACUGAGCAGUGUCAGUGGAAUGCUUGCAUCUUAUUUCAUACAUGAUUGAUUACAGCUUAUCACACACCUGCUUCUUCCACCAGCAUCAAUCACCAUGGUUACAGAGUUUUGUGUCCAAUAUCCAUAAAUUUUCUUUAAUUAUGCUGAAACCAUGACAGAGUUGUAAUACAGCAGAAAUGACCUGAGUAUGUGCAGUCAGAAAGAUGAUGAGAUGAUCUCACUGUUCUCACAUCAUAAUGAAGGAAUUCACUGAGGCCAUGAAUAAAAAUGUUCACUUCCUGUCUGAACUGUCUGUGGCUUGUUUUCUUUUCCCUCCACUGCAUCGUGACGUUAAUAAACCUUCCUCAUCUUC